GCGUGCGUCCCAACCUUUUUCAAGCAUCUCAAAAGCUAAACCGGUUUUUAAACAGCUUGAGAUAACAAAUGGAAAAUUUCACAAAUGAAUGCUAGAAUUUAAAUACAGUGCAGUGCAGUUCUUUAAGCGUGGCGACAAAAUGAUAAUACUUCAGGGGUUUAUUCUCCUAAGGCUGAUGAGCCAAAUUUGUCUUGCGCAAGACACAUCAUUGGACAACCUUAUUGCAGAUAUAUUUAAAACGGGCGAAAACUCGAUCAGCACUACGCAAUCCAGUAGUGUUUUAGAAAAAAAUAUCAAUCCUAAAUUGUCACCAAAAUACCAGUCUUGUGGCAAUCAAAGAGAAUGCGUACCUAGAUGGUUGUGUGCUAAUGACACAAUAAACUCUAGCGGUGAAAAUAUAAUUGAUAUCCGAAUCGAUACUGGAUCGCCUUGCAAGUAUUUGGAACUCUGUUGUGAUCUUCCAAAUAAGCAAAAAAACUCAGAUGUACCAUUAACACCUUCUGAAACUCCUAAUGGAUGUGGAUACCAAAAUCCAAACGGUGUUGGAUUUAAAAUUACUGGAGCUGUUAAUCAAGAAGCAGAAUUUGGAGAGUUUCCAUGGAUGGUUGCAAUUUUACGAGAGGAAAAUAAACUAAAUUUGUAUGAAUGUGGUGGUGCACUGAUAGCUCCUGACAUAAUACUAACUGCAGCUCACUGUGUUCAUAAUAAAGAUGCAAACACUCUUAUUGUCAGAGCCGGCGAAUGGGAUACUCAAACAAAAGAUGAAAUUAUCCCACAUGAAGAUCGAUAUGUCAAAGCAAUAGCUUAUCAUGAACGAUUUAACAAAGGAUCACUUUAUAACGACAUUGCACUUCUUCUGGUAGAAAGUCCCUUUUCCUCGCAAAGUAACAUCCAGCCGGUAUGUUUGCCAGAGAUUGGUGAGGUAUUUAACUAUAACCGUUGUUAUGCUACAGGAUGGGGAAAAAAUAAAUUUGGAAAAGACGGUGAAUAUCAAGUUAUUUUAAAGAAAAUUGACUUGCCAGUUGUAGGAAAUGAAAUAUGUCAAUCAAAUUUACGUGAAACUCGGCUGGGUCAACAUUUUAAUUUACAUGAUAGUUUUAUUUGUGCUGGCGGAGAAAAAGGAAAGGACACUUGCAAAGGCGAUGGUGGUUCUCCAUUGGUUUGUCCAAUAAAAGGAGAAAAAAAUCGUUUUAAAUCAGCUGGUAUCGUUGCCUGGGGCAUUGGCUGUGGAGAGGAAAAUAUUCCUGGAGUAUAUACAAAUGUUGCUUAUUUACGACCAUGGAUAAAUGAAAAACUUAAAUUGUGGAAAAUCGACUCAAAAUAUUACACGCUAUAAAAAAUAACCCCUUUGGUAUACACAUAUAUACAUACAUAUACUUUAAAUUUAAUUCUAAUUUGCUUUUUCCUUUUUGUAACUAGUAUAUGAGAGAGAUUGUCAUGAUAUUAACUGUUUAAAAUAAAAUGAAAUCUUCAUCUUAA